AUUAAUUGACCAUUAUUAUAAUAAUUACUUUAAUUUGCAAACCAAGUACCAAUACUUUGAGGAAAACAAUCUAUUAUAAAUAAACCUCUCAUUGAUUGUCACAAAAAAAAUUGAUUCAUCAUCUCAAAACCCCAAAUUGUUGUGUUCCCUCUCCAAAAGGUCAAACCCAAAACCCCAAAUCAUAAUAACAACAACAUGACCAACUACGGCACCAUCCCGACCUCAUCGUCGCCGGCGGCUAACCUCGAGUACAUUUCACGCGCCAAGGACCGAAUCAAAGCGGGACUCGGCACGCGCCGCCCAUGGAAACUGCUGUACGACUACCACUCGUUCAGCCUCCCCGCGAACUUCAAGGAUGCGAUCGCCCGCGUCAGCACCAACGCCGCUUAUUUUCGGAUGAAUUACGCCAUCGUCGCCCUGGUGAUUCUCUUCCUCAGCCUUCUCUGGCACCCGAUCUCGCUCAUCGUCUUCAUCGUCAUGAUGGUCGUCUGGCUCUUCCUCUACUUCCUCCGCGACGAGCCGCUGGUGGUCAUCGGACGCACCAUCGACGACCGCAUCGUGCUGGUUGUGCUCGCCGUGCUGACGGUCGCGUUGUUGCUCUUCACCCACGCAACCACCAACAUCCUGGUAUCGCUCCUCGUCGGCGCCGCCGUGGUUGUGGUGCACGCGGCGAUUAGGAAGACGGAUGACUUGUUCUUGGAUGAGGAAAACACUGGAUUGAUGACUGGUGUGGGUGCUGGAUCUUCUUCCUCUUAAUUCAUUCUCUUUUAUUUAUUUUCAUAAUCUGUAAUUUUUAUCGUAGUAAUUAUGUAUUAUUGAUUUUUCUCUCUCUGUUUUUUCUUCUUCUUCUUUCUUUCAAUCACGCCCGUUUUCCAGGAUUUUGAUUGGCUGUUAUUAUGUUUAAUUGUUUUUCUUCUUAUUUUUUUAAAAAAAAAAUGAGGUGUCGAGUACUUAACUCUUUUUAAAUGUCUUGUGGCUUACGUCGGUUGAAUGUCGGUUUAAUUAUGACAAUUUCAAUUAUGGAUAAGGAUAUAAUAAAGAGAAAAAUAAUGUCAUUUUAUCGAUCA